AUUAAAGAAGGUUUUGGGUUUUUUAAUUUUGGUGACUCGGGGCUUUAUAAAAGCCAUUUCCUUGGAGGUUUUGCUCUUGACUCUCCCUGCCCCUCCCUCUCACAUUUUCCUUUUGCUUUUUGUUGUCUGUUUAGAUAAGAGAGAGAAACCAGGGGGAAAGCUCUUAAGUGCUGAAGAAGCAUCGAAAGUGACAAUGGCGGUUCCUAUGCAAUGGGCUUUCUCUUCUUUAGCUCUUCUCUUUUUGUUUCGUGUUGGAGGAUCAAUUGCCACCAACACCACCUCCAGGUUAGGAGACAUUGAUCCAUUGAACGAGUAUGCGGUGGCUGACCCAGAGGCUGUUGCUCUGGAGGUCGAGACCAUCAUUGACUUGAAUAUUCGCAAUUUGACCGAAAGGAGGAAGUUGGGGUUCUUUUCAUGUGGAACCGGUAACCCCAUUGACGAUUGCUGGCGUUGUGACCCUAACUGGCAUAAGCGCCGAAAGAGACUAGCUGAGUGUGGCAUUGGCUUUGGAAGGAAUGCAGUUGGUGGCCGUGAUGGGCGCUUCUAUGUCGUCACUGACCACACUGAUGAUGACCCUGUUAACCCCAAACCUGGGACAUUGCGUCAUGCUGUGAUCCAGGACCGCCCUCUCUGGAUCGUGUUUAAGAGGGACAUGGUCAUUAAGUUGAAGCAGGAGCUGAUAAUGAACAGCUUUAAGACUAUUGAUGGUCGUGGAGCUAAUGUUCAUAUUGCUAAUGGAGGGUGUAUAACAAUCCAAUUUGUUACCAAUGUGAUUAUUCAUGGUCUUCAUAUCCAUGACUGUAAGCCUACUGGUAAUGCUAUGGUGAGAAACUCACCGUCUCACUUUGGGUGGAGGACAAUGGCUGAUGGUGAUGCAAUCUCCAUCUUUGGUUCUAGCCAUAUUUGGGUUGAUCACAAUUCUCUCUCUAAUUGUGCUGAUGGUCUUGUUGAUGCUGUCAUGGGCUCGACAGCCAUUACCAUCUCAAAUAACCACUUCACCCACCAUAAUGAGGUGAUGUUGCUAGGUCACAGUGACUCUUACACAAGGGAUAAGCAGAUGCAAGUGACUAUUGCCUAUAACCAUUUCGGAAAGGGACUUAUCCAAAGAAUGCCAAGGUGUAGACAUGGGUAUUUCCAUGUGGUGAACAAUGACUACACUCACUGGGAAAUGUAUGCAAUUGGUGGAAGUGCAAAUCCUACCAUCAAUAGUCAAGGUAACAGAUACGCAGCUCCAAUGAACCCAUUUGCAAAGGAGGUCACCAAGAGAGUGGAGACUGCCGAAAGUAAGUGGAAGAACUGGAAUUGGAGGUCAGAAGGUGACCUGUUGGUCAAUGGUGCCUACUUCACUCCAUCAGGUGCUGGAGCCUCAGCCAGCUAUGCCAGGGCCUCAAGCUUAGGUGCCAAGUCCUCUUCCAUGGUUAGAGGCAUGACUUUAAAUGCUGGCUCACUUUCUUGCCGUAGAGGCAGACAAUGCUAGCAUAAUUUCCCCACCCCAUUCAACUAAAUUGGCUAAAAAAUCAGCCAUUUACAGAACUCUUUGAUUUCCUCUUUCUAUCACCACAUUGUCAUCAUAUUCUCCUACUUAUCCAUCAUUCUAUUUGUCACAAA